AUGUCACAACAUCCUAGGUUCACAGAAGAUUUACCUUCUAUCCAUACUCCACCCGUAGAAAAGGUGGAAGAUGGUCAAGAAUCAAGAAGAAGUUCAAUCUUCAAUUCUCAAGGUCCUAUUCCUUUUUCCAAACCUUCAACACCAGUACCAGCACAUGAUCAAUUCGCUUUCUUAGGUCUAGGAGCUAUGGGUAAACGUAUGGCCGUCAACUUGGCUAAACAUUUACACGAAACGGGACAACCUCCUUUGAUAGUUUGGAAUAGAAGUGAUGGUAGGAUGAAAGAAUUUAAGAUUUAUGCUUUUGAGAAAGGUUUAGGAGAGGAUUGUUAUUUGGUGGUAGAAGAUUUAAAACAGAUUGGUGAGACCGCCGACAUAAUCCUCACUUCUCUAGCAUCGGACGAAGCUGUUCAAGAAGUUUAUGCGGAAUUAUUUGCAGGUCAAGAAGUACAAGAAGGUAAAGGUGAUGGGAUAUUACCUGGUGGAAAAGGUAGAAGUACUAUUUUCGUCGAUACCAGUACGAUAUACCCAACCACAGCGGGUCGAUUAGAACGUCUAGCAUCUUCCCGUUCGCACAGAGUUUUCCUAUCAUGUCCAGUCUUCGGAAUCCCAAAAGCAGCAGAAACUGCAGAUGUCAUUCUUGCUAUUUCUGGUGAUUACUUUGCUAAGAAACAUGUCGCACAUGCUUUAGUACCUUGUAUAGCUAAGAAGGUUAUGGAUAUUGGAUCUGAUGUUGAGAGAGCUAUGGCUUUUAAACUAGUAGGAAACGCAUUAGAACUUGGUUUCGUGGAACUUUUAGCUGAAUGUCUCACUCUAUGUGAUCAAGCAGGUGUUGGGUCGGAUAAAUUAGUGGAAUUGAUAAAAGAUCAACAUACGAGUCCUACUUUGAUCAGAUACGCAGAUAGGAUUACGAAGAAUUUGUUUGAUUCUGAAGGUGGGUUUAAUUUAGGUGGAGGUGUGUUGGAUGCUCGAAUCACACAACGUCCCAAUGCCAGUCAUGGACGUGGCUCAUCAACACAUGUAUCCGCCAGGGCGCAUGGAGGUGAUAUGUUAGAUUGGACCGCUCUCGUCGGAGGACAGAGGAUUUCAGCUGGGUUGGAACCUUUCGCUGGGAGGAGGAGGUUGAGAGGUAUGAGGGAUGGAGUGAUAGUGAGAUGA